AUGGCGCACGCUACACUGUGCUGGAACCAGGCGCUACCCAUCAAGUCUCUCCUACCCUCCCAAUCCCCUGCCUACCCCACACCUAACGGGACCGAACAAACAGCUUUAGAGGAGGAGGGUGGAAGUAUCCCCAGCCCUCCUGACCCUCGACCCCGUCCCCACCUGGGUCGUAGAAACAGUUUGCUGGAGGAGGGUGGUUGUGUCAUGUCUCUCUACCCUCCCGAUCCUCUACCUACCCAGCCCCCACACACGACAGACAAACGGGUUUGCAUGAGGAGGGUGGAGGUGUCAUGUCUCCCCUACCCUUCAAAUUCCCUACCUACCCGGUCCCCACACCCGACGGACAAACAGGUUUGCAUGAGGCGGGUGGAUGUGUCAUGCCUCCCUACCCUCCUGAUCCCCAACAGGGCCGGACAAACUGGUUUGCAGGAAGAAGGUGGGUGUGCCAUGUCUUCCCUACCCUACAAAUACCCUAUCUACCCCGCCCCCACCCGGGCUGUACUCCCCUACCGUCAAAAUCCCCUACCUAACCAACCCCCGCACAACCCAGGCCACACAAACAAGAAAGAUCCACAGGCAGGAAGGCAGGUAGGGACAAAGGGCUCGGCGUGUCAGGCACCAUCAACCGCCCUCACGCCAACAUUCCCGUCUUUCGCCACGCCUGACCACUCUCAUCAUCGUCGCGAGCCAAUUCACCCCCACAAAACCAUCCGACCCGACCCUCCGACCAUCCGACCGAUGGACCGACCCACGGCCGACCUCCCGACAAUGUCUGUCCGUGUGUCCUCACGCCGCUAA